UUGAAGUCCCACCUAAUCGGUUAUCAAAAUCUUAGACCAGAUUCUAAGACCUCCUCUAUAAAUUCAUGGAGGAUUUACACGUCCAAUAGUGGGGAGAUUGGAGACGAGAAUUCCCAUCGAAUCGGUCUUCUGAGCUGAAACAAUGUCAGCUUUGUUCAUAAUGAAGACGUUGGUGCAUCACCAAAAGAUAUUUUCUGCUCUUCUGCUGUGGCUCGUCGUCUUCCAAGUAGUAGCAGCAGGGCAGGAGCCUGUAACAGUCACGGUGAACGGAGUGACCGCCAUUGCUGAGACGGACGAUAACUUUGUAUGUGCAACUUUAGAUUGGUGGCCUCCCAACAAGUGCAAUUACAAUCAGUGUCCAUGGGGAAGAGCAUCUGUUCUGAAUUUGAAUCUGGAAAAUCCGAUACUUCAGAAGGCCAUCAAAGCUUUCAAUCCUCUGAGGAUAAGAAUUGGAGGCUCAUUACAAGAUCAAGUUGUGUAUCAAAUUGGAGAGCAUGGGAGACAGUGCCCCACGUUCAGGAAGACCAACGAUGGGCUGUUUGGGUUUUCAAGUGGCUGCCUGCCAAUGAAAAGAUGGGACGAUGUCAACCAUCUGUUCAAUGAAACUGGGGUCAUUGUAACCUUUGGCCUUAAUGCUUUGGCUGGAAGGCAAAAGACAUCCGAUGGCCUCUGGAAUGGCCCUUGGGACUCCUCAAAUGCUCGUGAUUUUGUACAGUACACAGUUUUAAAAGGAUACAAUAUUGACUCAUGGGAGUUUGGAAACGAGUUGAGUGGAAGUGGAGUUGCAGCAAGAGUAGAUGCAAACCAAUACGCACAAGACUUGAUCACCUUGAAGUCCAUUCUUAAUGACUUAUACCAGAACUCAUCAACAUUACCAUUAGUGAUAGCCCCUGGAGGUUUCUUUGAUCAACAGUGGUACAGUCAACUUCUUGAGAACUCAGGACCAGGAGUCCUCGAUGUUUUAACACAUCAUAUUUACAAUCUUGGAGCAGGUGUUGAUCCUGGUCUCAAGAGCAAAAUUCUUGACCCAUUCUUUUUAAGUGAGAUAGCUCAAACCUUCAAAGACCUCCAACAGACCAUUCAAGAAUUUGGUCCAUGGUCAUCUGCAUGGGUUGGCGAAUCUGGUGGUGCCUACAACAGUGGUGGGCGUCUUAUCUCCAACACAUUUAUAAACAGUUUCUGGUACUUGGACCAACUUGGCAUGUCAUCCACAUUUAACACAAAGGCUUACUGCAGACAAGCCUUGAUUGGUGGAAACUAUGCACUUCUCAACACUACUACAUUUGUGCCAAACCCAGAUUACUACAGUGCACUUCUGUGGCACAGACUAAUGGGAAAUAAGGUUCUUGAAACCACCAUUGAUGGAUCAGCAUAUCUGAGAGCAUACACUCACUGCGCCAAGGACACAACGGGCAUAACAUUAUUGCUCAUAAAUCUGAGCAACACUACAACGUUCCACAUCACAGUGCGGGAUGACGUGAACUUGGUUCCAAUGGAAGUUUCUGCCGAAAGUCCACAGAGACAAGAGUACAAGUUGAGGCCAAAGGAUGGGAAUCUCGUAAGCCAAUCCAUGUUUCUUAAUGGAAGACCGCUGGAGCUCACAGAAGAUGGGGAUAUCCCUCCUCUACAGCCCACCAUUGUUGAUGGAAACAAGCCAAUAGCUAUGGAUCCUCUGUCGAUAGCUUUCUUCACUCUCAAAGAUUUUCAGGCUCCAGCAUGUGCUUGACCUUCGAAAGCAUGAACCACUGAUAAAGAAAAUGAGCUGAAAUCAUUGGGGAUCAAGAAAGAAAAGAAGACUUCCCUCAAUUUUGUGAACCACACUUCUGUUUCGUAGACUCAUCCAGAUAGUUUUAGCAUUUUUUAGCCUUUAGAGAUGUUGAUAGUCACAAUCUUAGGGAAUAAUUUCACUAUUCCUUACGCUUUUAGGUGUUGUCAGAGUCGCUGUUCUUUAUUUCUUUUCCAUGGUUUCGACUGAUUCCUUUAUCAUUAUCAUUGUUGACAUUUGUUUUUUGAGUGAUAAUUGUGGA